AUGGCAGAUUCCAAUAAGGAAGUAAAGGUUACUUCCUUACCCGGAAAAGCAAAGACUGUUUCUCCUACAGCGAGCACACUUGCUGAUGAACAUAAUGGCAUCAACGAGAAGGCCUUGCUACGGAAACUGGAUAUGAGACUCCUUCCACCGUUGACAAUACUGUAUCUCUUGUCAUUUUUAGAUCGUAGCAAUGUUGGCAAUGCUCGCCUUGAGGGCUUGACGACUGAUAUCAACAUGACUGGGAACCAAUACUUAACGGGUUUGACACUCUACUUCAUCGGUUACGUGCUGUUUGAAAUUCCCUGCAACAUUGUGUUGAAAAGAACCACGCCGCGGAUCUGGCUUCCCACCCUCACAUUGGUCUGGGGUAUCGUUGCUACUCUUCUUGGUGUCGUGCAGAAUUAUGCUGGUUACUUGGUUUCCCGGACAGCCCUUGGCAUUGCAGAAAGUGGACUUUUCCCUGGAGUUGUGUUUUACUUGUCUAUGUGGUAUAAGAGGAAUGAGCAGCACUAUCGGGUAGCAUUGUUCUUUAGCGCUGCGUCGUUGGCUGGUGCUUUUGGUGGAGUCCUAGCCUGGGGCAUCGCACAUAUGCGAGGUGUUGGUGGAUAUAACGGAUGGAGGUGGAUCUUCAUCCUGGAAGGGCUGGCAACAGUCGUCAUGUCUGUUAUUGCUUACUUCUGGGUCUAUAACUACCCCUCCACAGCGGAAUUUCUGUCAGAAAAAGAAAGAGCAUUUAUCCAAUUUCGCCUGAGGAACGAUAAUGACUCGAUGCGGGACGAGAAGUUCACCUGGUCAGGGGUCUUGGAUGCAUUCAAGGACCCGAAGGUCUGGCUAUACGGACUUGGUUUCCAUACAAUGUCCCUUCCGAUGUAUACGCUGUCUCUUUUUAUGCCUACUAUUAUUAAAGAGCUAGGGUACACAGCCGCUGAAGCCCAACUUCUCUCCGUUCCCCCGUACGCUGUAGCAUUCGUUCUCACGAUUACCGUUGCCGUCCUUUCAGAGCGCACCCGUCGUCGGGCGCCAUUCAUCAUGGGAUCUACUGCCCUCGCUUGUAUCGGUUAUAUCAUCCUACUGACGGAUCACCGGCCGGGGGUAUCCUAUGUGGGAACUAUCUUUGCCGCAGCCGGGAUCUAUCCAGCAGUGGCUAUUGUGCUCUCGUGGCCGGCUAAUAACGUGUCUGGGCAGACAAAGCGGGCAAUUGCCAACGCCAUGCAGAUUUCGAUUGGAAACCUUGGGGCUGUUCUAGGGACGCAGCUUUAUAGAACCGAGACGAGUCCCCGUUAUUAUCUCGGCCAUGGAUUCUCAUUGGGAUACCUCGUUGCGAACAUUAUCGUUGUAGGCAUUCUAUGGCAAGUUUUAAGGCGCGAGAAUAUCCGGAAAGCGGAAGUCAGGGAAAGAGAAGGGCUAGAAGCGAUAAUGGGUGAUAUUGGAAAUUCAGGAGGUGAAUUCCAAGGAGAUAAAGACCCUCGGUGGAUUUUCCAGACAUGA